CUUCUCCCCUUCGACCACCUCCUGAUACAAGAAGGCCAUGGACAUGGAGAUCGCGACUACCGGCGACGAAAUUUCCCCUGCCGGAUCUGGCCGGCGAAGAUCUGGUGCUCGCCCAUGGCAGAAGCCAAGCUGUAGUAUGCGAACCUGCUGAAUCCAGCAUUGGCGAAGCGGGGGACGCCGUACUAGCAGUGGAAAAUGACUUGAACAUCACAUGUCAGGGGAUUGCCCUCUCUGCUCCAGCCUCCGAGCAAUCUACGGGGAAAGACGACCCUCAAGCCCCUGCCUGGGCGAGAAGGGAAUUCCAAAGAAGGGUAACAAACGAACAUGCCGAUGCAGAUGCCCCGCAAUGAUACGAUUGCUCCGAUCAUCUGACAAUGGCUGGUACAUAACCUACUACAGAUCAGAUCACAACCAUGCUCUAACUGAAAGAUGUGGGGAAAAAGUGUACUGGCCUUCCCACAAACAUAUCGAUAUAUACACACGGGAUGUCAUUAAGCAACUCCGUGAAAAUAACAUCAGUGUCGGGAAAGUUUACAAUAUAAUUGGUAGCUUCUUCGGGUCAAUGACCAAUAUACCAUUCACCAAAAGAGCUCUCCGAGGUUUGUGUGGCAAGAUGAGUGGAGAACAAGCCGAUAAUGAUGUGAAAAAGACAAUGGAUGUUUUUGCAGAGUUGGGAGCAAAAGAUUCAGGCUUGUACUGCAGGGUGCAACCUGAUGUUUUUGCAGAGUUGGGAGGAAAAGAUUCGGAGUUGAGCUUGUCGGCGGCCGAUUCGCAGCUAUCAACAGCAAAAGAUGACCCGCAAGCCCCCGGGUGGACAAAAAGGGUUCGUAUUGGACGAGCCCCUAUCGAACGUGCACCUUGUGCUGGAAGAGUGUGUGCCCUUGAAAAAACAUUAAGUGGAUAUGCAGAGAACAAAACUCAUACCAUUGUGGUAUCAGUUGUUGGAUACAACUUCGAUUCAUUGGGAGAAGCAUACGACUUCUACAAUCUAUAUCCGUGGGAAAUUGGUUUCGGAAUCAAAUACGGAAAAAGCAAACUCAACGUCGAGAGAACCAAAUGUAUGCAAGAGAUAGUGCGUGGAUUCUCGGUGAGUGGAAAUUAAAUCCAUUAUCUCAUUCGUUGGAAUUGCCCUGCCGCGCCAACCUCGAAGCAAUCUACAGGCAAAGACGACCCUCAAGCCUUUGGCUGGACAAAAAGGUAUACCACUCUGUGAUUGUGCUUGUAGAUCGAACAUAGCUUAAAUUUGAGGGAUAUGUGCAAAUUUGCUCUUCUGAAGAUAGUUGAACAAUGUUGGUCAUCUCAAUAGAUAAUGGAGAGCAUGUGCAAGUGUUCAUAGCAUGUACUUUCUGAACGCAUUAAACCAUGUUUCUGAAUUACAUAGUUCUGAAUA